ACCGAUUCUUUUUCUUUUCCAGUUUACCGAGAAUCCUGAACAUCUCCUUCACAUCUACUUUUGCUUCUCUCUCCUUCAUCCAUCGCCUGAUAUGCCGUUAUUCAUCCUGUUUGUCUCUUUUGCAUCAUUCUACAUAAUUCGUUUUUACCAUCAUCAAGCAAUCUUCUCGUCGAGCACCAUGGCAGUUCGAUCCCGCUUAAACUUGAAGAACAAUUUCUUCUGCAAUUUAAACACCUUGACAUUCCCUUUGAUAUACGUAUGGAAUUCUUGUUGCAAAGUAAGAUGAUGCAAGUAAGAUGAUUUGGACGGCAGAAAAAAGUACACGCACACGUGGAUAUUAAUGAACAUCGAUAUUGGAACACCGUGUCGUCAGUUUCGAAGUGAUGCAGAUAUGCACUUAUUGACACACAUGCGUGUAUAUACGUAUAUGCAAACGCCUCGAUUUGCGCCACGUGUCUUCACGUGCAGAAGUCGCGUGCGGACCGGAAGCCGGAUACUUUGGCCUUACUCACGGCCCGUAAUACGGAAUGAUACAGAAUCCCGAUUGUUUGGAUUUACAUCAUCCCUUUACAUAAAAUUCCGGCCCGAAGAGCGCACAUUCACGCGAUACCUAUGGGAACCGGGCACCCUCCUGUGCGUCUAUCCGGGAGGCAUCAAAAGGCACGCAAGGAACGAUAACAUCGCACAAACAGCAAGAAUUCACACGGGAAUGGAAAAGAGCAGUUUCCGGCUCCUUUCUUCUCUUAUAUCCGCUUGAGCCUGAGCGACGAGAAGAUCGCUUCCUCCACCUCUCGGUCUCCUUGACCGAGUGCAACGCAGAAUCCGGCCGGCGGUCGCACAAUCAAGGGCCCACGCUCGCACACACGCUCGCGCACACGAGUCGCCGCGGACGUUCCCACGAAAGUCGCCCCUCCCGAUUUUCGUUCCCCCUUCGACGACGAUGUACGUACCCUCUCGCUCCCUCCCGAGCGCCGGGGUUUCGCUCUUCACCUCGACGAGCCGCACGGGGCCCCUCCGGUGCCCCACUCCAUCCCGAGGGCGCACACCUCCGAUCAUCCCCACCAGGAUCGCGGGAUACACCACGCGGUCGUGUGUCGUCCCUGCGUCCUCCCGCACACGACAUACGUCCGCCGCCACGCGACCAGUGCACACGCACAUCCUGCAGCAACUGCAGCAGCCGAGAGUGCGUCCAGCGCGCGACUUCUUCUUCCACGCACGCGACCGCGAGCGACGUCGCGGGUAGCCGCGGCACGUGAGCGCCGAUAAACUCUACCGCCGUCGCGAAACAAGUGCCAGGACCGAUUGCUCCUUUCGCGGUCAUCACUUCAGCCCUGACCUUCCUCAAGAUCUCGCGAAACAGUCGUCGACACUCGAACGCAACACUCGAAUUUUCAAGAUUCGUCAAGAAAUUAUCUGGAGAAUUUGACGACAACGAUAUAGCAACAUAAUCUUCCCCAGGAUUCACGAGUUUAAUGAAAAUUAGAUCCUUAAGGAAAUUACCUCUUCAACAGUGAAAAUUCUUCGAUUCUCUUCAGGUUUUCCAGAGGAGAUUUUGCAAAUAUGGUCAUCCAUUUUUCAAAUAGAUGUUGAAAGCUAUGCGAUUUUUUAAUGAGUGAAAAAAUUGUGUUUGAUUUCAUCUCGAUUAAUACUGCGGAUUUGUUCAAAUAUAAACAGUGUCUGUAUGACCUAUUUUAUUGUGAUCAAAGAGUUCAGCCGGAUAAAAUUCGAAUAAAUCAUCACAUUUUUCUCUCUUGAGAAAUUAUAAAUCAGAUAUAAUUUCCAUCUAGUAAUAACAUCUAUCGUCACCUGGAUCAUCUGAUUGGCUCCCUGCCUUUAUCAAGUUGUCGAUGCUUAUCAGAGACCAUUAAUUCAUUCUCCGUCGUGUCGACCGCAAUAACAUCUCGCAUCGUCAUGGAAUCGAACGCUCCCAGCAUCAGACGGUAACGCGAUCGAUUUGAGUAUUUCUUUGACUCGCAAGAAGUUUACGCCGUCUUAUCCCCUCCGUCCGAUCCUCUCACGGAGCAACAUGUGGCGAGUGGUAGUCGCACGUUCCGAUGACAACAGCACCCUGCUCUCCUCCGAAAUCACUUCCGGCGCAGUCGCACCAGGUCACCUGUCAACGCUACCGGCGCCGCCGUCGGGUCAUCAUUGGGGUUACCCACCGCCGCCCCAUCAUCCACCGUAUCAGCCGCCGCAGCAUCCGGAUAUGCGUCAUCAUCACGAUAUGCGGCCGCCUGGACCUCACGAGCUGCGACACGCUACCGCGGUACCAGGUGAUCUUAGGAACCAGGAGUUGCGGCAUGAGAUGCAGCGGCCGGAUCUUCGACAUCCGGAGAUACAGAGGCAUCAGGAGUUAUCCAGGCAUGACAUCGCCAGGCAUCAGGACGUUCGACAUCAAGAUAUGCCAGGCAUGCGAUCUGAUAUGUCAGAGAUGCGGUCUAAUCAUGAAUUUUUGGAAUUGAAGAUCGAUACGGAAUUAAGAAGUCAGGACAGUAGCCAGCAACAGCAACAACAGCAGCAGCAACAGCAACCACAACAAAAUCAAGGACAUCAACAGAGAAAUCUGAAGAGGACCAUGAGCGAUUCUGACUGCGACGAUGUGUUUUCGGAGGAGAGCGGCAAAGAACCAUGCAACUCGCCCGGAGGAGACUCCUGCCAGCACGCAUCGCGGAAACGCAGGAGGGGGAUGAUCGAGAAGAAGCGUCGCGACAGAAUCAAUGCGUCCCUCGGUGAGCUGAGAAGAUUAGUACCAGCGGCCGCUAGGGAUCCUCACAGCGGAAAGCUAGAAAAAGCGGAAAUCUUGCAGCUUACUGUCGAACAUUUGCGCACGCUACGCAAUAAGGGACCGGAAGGCUAUGACAGCACAAAACUAGCCAUGGAUUAUCACGCGGUAGGUUGGGGUGAGUGCGCUGCUGAAGUGGGUCGGUACUUGGUGACCAUGGAGGGCCUGGACGAGAGAGAUCCGCUUCGGCUACGACUGCUGUCGCAUCUGCAGAGCUUCCACCGGGAACAUCCACCGUCGGCCGUGCCCUCGGCGGUACCUGCGGCGUCUACGACGUUGACCUCCACCUCCACUGCCAGUAGCUACGAGCCCCCGGCGAGCACGGUCUCCGCCGGGAUGCCGCCCGGUCCAGGGACUAUGCCGCCGCUUCUGGGCGGCUGGGGCCAGUACCCGGGUCAGUAUCCCCAGCAGCAGCACGGGAAACCCUAUCGACCCUGGGGCGCGGAAUUGGCCUACUGACCUUGAGCCCUCGAUGCACAAUCGACGGCCACGAUCGCGGUCGUUUGGUGCAAAAGCCGACAAUAAGAACACUAAUGAGAUUGUAGAAUUUACUUUCUUCUUGCAGUACAAGGAAAACGAUGACGUAAUGCGUCAUUGGAUUUUAUGUUACAAGUAUUUUUGUCAAUAUUUUUUCUGUCCAACGAGGAGAACAUAAGGGCCCUCUUUUACUAAUCGAAUCAGCCAAUCUAUUCGUAAAACAAUUUAAGCAAUAGCAUAUAUUUCGCGCUCAUUCGUUUUGAAGUAUUUUUUGUUGAUACUAAAAUAAACAAUUUAUAAGAUUUAUGAGUAGCGCAUAUCGUGUUUAAUAUAAUUAUUCGCGAAAUGAGUCAAUAUGAGCAGCGAGAAUUUCGUGUAUAUACAUAUUAUAUAUUUUUUGUACAAUAUUUUAUACUUUAUUAACAUAUCUCAGGAAUAUUCAACGACCAAAACUAUAUCGAUGCAUUUCCAAUGAGUGAGACAAUGAUAGUCAUAUAUGAAUACCUAAACUAAAAAAGAUAUUUAUUGAUAGUGAAAAUUUGUACAUAGAUUGUAUAUACACACGCUUAAAUGUAAAUAAUAAGACAUAUUUGUAAUUUUGUCUCGUAAUCGAUUACCGGUUUGCGUAUUGGCUUUGUAUAAUUGCCUCAUUCGUUUCCGAAUGAUAAACGAUUGCGCGAGCGUGUAAAGUCCAGCGUGAAUAAAAAGAAAGAAGACAAAGACAAGAAGAGAGGGUGAGAGGAGAUUAUCGUACGCAUACCGGAACGUGCCAUUUAUGCAUUUUGAUGUUUACGUGUGAGAGGUCCAAGUAUUUUUGCAAUACGAUUUUGUAAUAAAACGAUAACA